AUGAGGGGAUUUUUGUCUCUAGGUUUGGCCACCUCGGUGGUGGCAUCCAUCGCGUCCACACGGGGUGCCUCGAGCGUUGCAGUCUCACUUAGUCCAGCAGCGACAACUGUGACGACGGGCUCAUCCGCAGCGCCGCCUCUCUUUUCCGGUGAAGCUGUGCAGCUCACGGACGAAGUCCUGGCAAAGGUCGCUGCUGCACUCAAGAACGAGACUCUGUCGCGGGUGUUUUCAUUUGGGGCAACCAACGCGACUGUCAACGGUACUCGUCACAGCUGCAAGUUCAUGCCAGGCGAUGCGGCGUGGCCCGCUGAGUCGACCUGGGACAUCUUUGAUCAGCUGCUCGGCGGAAGCCUGUCCAAGCCUGUGCCUCUGGCCGCCUACUGCUACCCGGACUGGCCGCAGUAUGAUGCUGAAAAGUGCUCGGAGAUCACCACGGGCUGGUUUAGUGGUUACUAUCAUGACCCGAGCUCUAUCAUGCUCCCGCUUUAUGAGGGCCGCUCAUGCAUGCCCACUGGAUAUAACUGGACCGACACCUGUACGCAGGGUGGCUAUCCGACGUAUGUCGUCAACGCAUCCACCGCUGCUCAGAUUCAACUGGCCGUGAACUUUGCACGAAACCAAAAUCUUCGCCUUGUGGUCAAGAACACUGGUCACGAUUUCAACGGCAAGCCGUCUGGCAAAGGCGCCCUGUCUAUCUGGACUCACCAUCUCAAAGACAAGGCAUUCUACCCGACCUUCAGAGCCGACAAUGGCUAUACUGGUCCCGCCAUGAAACUAGGCACCGGUAUCCAGGCCUACGAGGCAUAUGAGUUUGCCAAGGAGUCCAGCGUGACAGUUAUCGGAGGUGAAGGUGCCACCGUCGGUGUGGCUGGUGGUUACACCUUCGGUGGGGGCCACUCGCCAUUGAGCAGUCUGUAUGGCAUGGCGGCGGAUCAGGUGUUGGCCUUGGAAGUUGUCUUGGCCGAUGGCCGGUUUAUCACUGCCACUUCCAAGCAGAACGCUGAUGUUUUCUGGAUGCUUCGCGGUGGUGGUGGCAGCACGAUCGGUGUCGUGACGUCUCUGACCGUUAAGGCGUACCCGAAGCUGCCCACUACAACUGUCACGUUUAACUACACGAUCAGCGAUGCUCCCAAUGAUGACGCGUUCUGGUCCGCCUUCGGUGCCUACCUGGAUAACUUCGAAAGACUGGUCGAUGCUGGGUCAUACGGGUACUAUUACCUGGGUGCUUCGGACCUUGAAUUCGGGACGAGUUAUAUAGGCGACACCGACUACUACUUCCGCAUGGAGUCACUCGUCGCGCCGAACAUGAGCAUCUCCGAGACGAAGACGCUCCUCCAGCCUUGGUUCGAUGCUCUCGAUGAGCUGAACAUCACCUAUAGCGACCCGUGGUAUAACCACGCCGACAAUUUCCACGAUGUCUGGGAGGUCGCUUUCCCCUUGGAAAGCGUCGGAUCCGAUGUUGUGAAGACGGCUUCCCGUCUGCUGCCUCGCAGCGUCUUCGAAACCGAAGAACUGCGGAACCGGAACUUGCUCGCCCACAAGGACGCCAUCGAAAAGGGCCUGUUCAUUGCCGGGUUCCACAUCAGUGGCACGGGUCUCGCUGUCGAGCUCCCGAAGGACAACGCGGUCUUGCCGGCAUGGCGCGAUGCUCUGGCUCAUGUCAUUGUCGGAUCUGAGUGGAACUUCACCUCCAGCUGGGAGACCGUCUACAACUACUCGAUCUUUGUGACGCAGUGGAUGGACGUGCUGCGCGAGCUGGCGCCCGACUCCGGCGCAUAUAUGAGCGAGGCCGACCUCCUAGAGCCCAAUCUGCAGGAAGCCUUUUACGGCGUCAACUACCCUCGUCUGUACGCGUUAAAGCAGAAGUACGACCCGACGGGCUUGUUCUUUGCUCUCACUGCCGUUGGAGCGGAGGACUGGGAGGUCCAGACGACGGACCCUCUUCCGUAUUCGUGGAAUAACAACGGGCGGUUGUGUCCCAAGUAA